CUUAUUUAUGUACAGUAAGUACAGUAUAUCCUCCUUACAUUUUUCCGUGACGGAAGAAUCGUCAAAAUCAACGAACAAAAUCAUUCUUCUGAUCAACAUGAGAUAGGAUUUAGUCCACUCCACCAUGGAGUGCUUUCUUUGCUCUUUUUUUAAAACGCCGUCGAGAAAAUAGAACCAACUUCCGCACCAUAUCCUUUGCAUCGUGAUUCAUUGAAUUGCGGUCCGGUUCGGUUCGCUUUAGGUUGGUUCAGUUUGGUUCAUUCCAUCGACCAGCAAUUGUUUGUCUGAUCGUUUCGAGCCGAGAGAGAAGACGGCAGACACCAAACAGAUAACAGUAAGCAGCAAACAUCGAACUCCUAACAAGAAGUAUCAAGGAACAAAUACCAAACAGCAAAACAGACAUCAAACAAGAAAUUAAAAAACAUAAGACAGCAAACAUAACAAAAAAGCGAGCAGAAAAGAGAAAUCGAAAACGGAAAACGGCAACCAAACACAACAACCACGUUCAGCUGCGCAGCAUGCCAACCGUGGCGUCCACCGCUCGGACCCCAUGCACCCGUGCGUACGCAAACACCUACAGGCGCUGGGUUUUGCUCUCGCUGGCCCUGGUGGUCGUCUCGGUCUCGUCCGGCCUAGUCUACGGCUGGCCGGCCCUCCGGGGGAAGCUCCUGGAGGUGGCAGCGGCGACGACCGAUGGCGAGAACGAGAGCCACGACGACUCCCGGGCCCCAGCCCCCGGUGGACUCACGGAGAAGCGCCUGGCCGCCGUCUACACACUCGGCUCCUGGUCGACGCAGGGGGGACGCUUCUUUCUCGGCCUGGCCAGGGACCGCUUCGGGACCAGGGCCACCACCGCCUUUUCGCUGGUGGCCUGCGCGGCCGGAUCGAUCGGCGUGGGGGUUGUCUUCCGCUGGCUACAACAACAGAGACAGCAACAGCAGCAGGGCUCCGGGGCGGUUUGGCUGCUGGCGGCCUCGCUCUUUGCCAUCGGACUCGGAUCGGGGGGACAGCUCUGCCUCCAGCCGGUGGCGGGGCUCUUUCCGAGGCACACGGGGGUCGUCCUCUCUACCCUGUCGGGGGCCUUUCAGAUCUCGGGCCUGGGCUUUCUGGUGCUGACCCGUGGCGGGGAGGGCCUUGGCUACCGCUCCUUUGGGAUCUUUGCGGGCUGCCUCCUCGGGCUGGCGGUGGUGUCCGUGCUGCUGCUGCCGGCCACCGGCACGUUUGUGGUGCCUCUGCAAAGAACCAACAGCGACAAAGACUUUGCGGAGGCAGAAGGCGACGCGGAUGUGGGUGGGCUUCAAGGCGAAGUUGAAGGUGAAGGCGAGAAUUGGCUCGAUGGCAAAAACGAAACAGAACACACCAACAAAGAUAGUGGGAAGGUGAAGGGGAAGAGAGGACACGUGGAUAGAGAAAAAGCCAAGAGCGACUGCGACCGCGACAACAAAGUUGGAUCACGACUCGAGGACGACGGGGAAGAUGCUCCCGGCAACGGGCUCGAACAGCUGGAAGACGAUGGCGGAAAGGUCGAAGUCGUUUCAACCAAAACCAACGAGCCGGGGACAGAUCCGGAAUCGGGAUUUGCAUCCGAGGGACAUCCCGCGGCGGCAGACGUCGACGACGAAAGCGACGACGGCGAUUCCAGCCGCCACGGACCAGAAACGACAACGGCCCUGCAGCAAAUGGCCACCGCCGAGUAUGUGCUCCUCUGCGCCUGGUUCUCGGUCACGAUCGUCCCCAUGCAGUACUACAUCGGGGUCAUCGGCCUCCGGCUCGAGGCGAUGGGGGACGACACCGGCUUUUACACCGACCUCUUUGCCUACUGCUUCGCCGGGGCCGCCGCCACGGCCCCCCUUGCCGGCUGGAUCGCCGACCGCUUCGGCCUCGGGAUCGCCCAGGCGCUGGCGACCCUCCUGGUGGCCUCCUCGGUGGCCGUCCUGGCCAUGGGGGGAGCCGAGGGGGCCGCUCCCGGCUGCUGCCCCCUCGGCGGGGCCGUUUCGGUGGCGGGCCUCUCGGCCUACGGGAUCGGCCGGAUGGGGGUCUUUGGCCUCUACUUUACCAACUGCGGAAAGCGCUUCGGCUACGCAAACUACGGGACCCUUGCCGGCCUCGGCCUCCUUCUGUCGGCGAUCGCGAGCCUGCUGCAGUACCCCCUGAUCGCAAGGACCGCUGCCGGCAACCACGUGGCGGUGAUGGUGGGUCUGGUCGGCGCCCUUCUGCUGCAGGCACCCUACUUUGUGUGGCUGCACGGGAGGGAGAAGACAGAGAUCCGGCAGGAACACUAGCCGCAGCAAGAAGGUUUGCGGCAUCAAGACGAAUUGCAGCCACAAUCCUGGAGGUGCUAGCAGCAACAACAUGCAUAAGCACCCACAGCCCUUGAAAACAGAAACGACGCGGGAUGCAGCGAAGCGAAACGCUACGGAACCUCGAGAAAAAGACUCGCAACAAGCCUGGACAUGUUGUGCGACACGGAGGAAAACGAGAGUCACAUGGGGUUGCAUCUUUCGUACAGCACAGGACGAUACAACAUAGUUCAUCAUUGAAGUAAAAUGCAAUAGUAGAAUAGCAGAAUAAAUUUCCGUUACAAAC